GCUUGUGACGCUGCUUUCUACGCGUAAUAAUAAGAGACGCUGCUGCGAAAGCGAGGGACGUCUUGGUUCUUCUUCUUGACCUUGCGUGGUGUGUCCGUAUAUGUGACAAAGGGAAGCGCUUCGUCAAGUUCUUCCUCGUUCUUCUUUCGCCAUUGUCACUGUCCAGUCAGUCCAGUUCAGCCGAAGACGCGGCGACCACCGCAAAGAAGCAACCAUGUUCCUCGUCUACUACCUGUACGACCGCCUCUUCUGGCUCACCCUCAUCUGCGCCGGCAUCGCCUACACCACCUACGUCGUCCUCCCCGCGCACCACGGCUCGCCAGUUAUCUGCAACGUCCUCACGUUCGCCGUGCUCGGCACAUGGUUGACAAAAUGCAUUACACACUUCGACGAAGAGCGACGCAUCCGCCGAUUGGGUAAACAUGCUGUUACCAUUCGCACGCAUACUCCGAUGAACUUGGGCAUGAUCGCGCAAGCUCUGUAUUAUUUCAGCAAGCACCGCAAUCACGAGUUUUGGUUGAAAUUCUUCAAGAGGACGGAGGAUAAGACCUAUCCAUACACCGUGGAGUCGGUGACGCUGGGAGGAAGAAUCGUGUUCACGGCUGAUGAAGAGAAUGUCAAGGCGAUCUUGGCGACACAAUUUGCGGACUAUGGUAAGGGCCAACAAUUUCGCAAGGAAUGGCGUGACUUUUUGGGACUGAGCAUCUUCACCACGGAUGGUGACCUCUGGCACAAUUCCAGACAAUUGCUGCGCCCACAAUUCAUCAAGGACCGAGUUUCUGAUCUCCACAAGUUUGAGCACCAUGUUCAGAAGUUGCUGCCCAUGCUGGCUGGAAGCUCCGAUGGCGCGACAGUACGAGUAGACGAUCUGGUUUUCCGUUACACGCUGGACGCUGCAACGGAUUUCCUGUUUGGUGCCUCAGUUGAAAGUCUAGACAAUGGAGAGACCGAAUUCGCUCAAGCCUUCAACGAUGUCCAGAAUGUCCAGGCCAUGAUUGCCAGAGCUGGCCCGAUUCGAGGUCUUAUUCCGAAGAAGAAGUUCCACGAAGGCCUCAGGAUCCUCAAUAAAUUCACCGAUCGGUAUAUCGACCAAGCACUCGCACUGCCACAGGAGGAGCUCGAAAAGAAGACCAAAUCCGACGAAGGCUAUACUUUCCUGCACGCCAUUGCUGCAUACACCCGAGACAGGCAAGUGUUGCGAGAUCAGCUGGUAGCAGUCCUACUCGCUGGUCGUGACACCACGGCCGUUACCCUUUCAUGGCUCUUUUACGAGCUGUCUCAGCAGCCGAAGAUCGUAGCGAAGCUGCGUGAGGAGAUCGUCGGUCGUGUCGGCGAACACAAAGUGCCCACAUACGAGGAUCUCAAGUCAAUGCGUUAUCUCAAUCAUGUCAUCAACGAAACGCUGCGCCUGUACCCCGUUGUGCCAUACAACGUUCGGGUGGCACUCCAGGACUGUACCUUACCUCGAGGUGGCGGGCCAGACGGCACAGAGCCAAUUGGCAUUACAAAGGACACCCCCAUCGGCUAUUCCACAUUGAUCAUGCAGCGCCGCGCAGAUAUCUAUCCUCCCGCAUCAAGUGGCUUCCCGGAUCAUAUGAAAUUCGUGCCAGAACGAUGGGACAACUGGACUCCAAAAUCUUGGUCGUAUAUUCCGUUCAACGGCGGCCCACGUAUAUGUAUCGGCCAGCAGUUCGCUCUGACGGAACUGGCAUAUACCGUGGUGAGAAUACUGCAAUCCUUUGAAAAAGUCGAGAGCCGAAUGAGCGAGCACCCGGGGCUAAAGACGGAUAUCGUGCUUGCACCUGCGGCUGGAGUCCAUGUUGCAUUCGUGAAGAGCCGAACGGCAUAGUUGAUAGCCUUUCUUGUGACGUGUCAUCAAUAAGACAAC